GAAGCCAGGAACAAUUUGACAAAGACAGUCAAGCCCACUCUUUUCAGAGAAGAAAAGCGAUCAAUUUCCCUCUGGGAUCGGUCCCUGUCCAACCCCCCCUUCUCUCUCCGUAAAUUAAAUCGAUCUCUGUCUCCCGCAUUUCCGAGCUCGGAAUCUAGGCUCAAUCAACCUCUACGACAUGGCAAGGAGUGACGAGUGUUAUUCAACUCAACUUAUUGAUGGAGAUGGCAUAUUCAAUGCCACUGGAAUUGAAAGCUUUAUCAAGGAGGUGAGAUUAGGUGAAUGUGGACUAUCAUAUGCCGUAGUCUCAAUCAUGGGCCCACAAAGUAGCGGGAAGAGCACUCUACUAAAUCAUUUGUUUGGUACCAACUUCAGGGAGAUGGAUGCUUUUAGAGGAAGGUCCCAAACAACUAAAGGUAUUUGGUUGGCAAAUUGUGCUGGUAUAGAGCCUUGCACCCUUGUUAUGGAUUUGGAGGGUACAGAUGGAAGAGAACGUGGAGAGGAUGAUACUGCAUUCGAGAAGCAGAGUGCCCUUUUCGCUCUUGCUGUUUCAGAUAUAGUGCUCAUAAACAUGUGGUGUCAUGAUAUCGGUCGUGAGCAAGCUGCAAAUAAGCCUCUUCUAAAGACUGUAUUCCAGGUCAUGAUGCGAUUGUUCAGUCCACGCAAAACAACUCUGAUGUUUGUAAUACGUGAUAAAACAAGGACACCACUGGAAAAUUUAGAACCUGUUCUAAGAGAAGAUGUUCAGAAGAUAUGGGACUCUGUUUCUAAACCCCACGCGCACAAGGAAACUCCACUAAAUGAGUUUUUCAAUGUUGAAGUUGUUGCUCUUUCUAGUUAUGAAGAAAAAGAAGAGCAAUUUAAAGAGCAGGUUGCUAACUUAAGACAACGAUUCUUUCAUUCCAUUGCGCCUGGUGGGCUUGCGGGAGAUCGACGUGGUGUAGUUCCUGCUUCAGGGUUUUCCUUUAGUGCACAGCAAAUUUGGAAAGUUAUUAAGGAAAACAAGGACCUUGACCUUCCCGCUCACAAGGUUAUGGUGGCUACUGUACGCUGUGAAGAGAUCGCUAAUGAAAAGUAUUCAUCUUUUGCUGCAAAUGAGGACUGGUGCCACUUGGAAGAGGCUGUGCAAUCUGGUCUUAUUCCUGGCUUUGGGAAAAAGCUCAGUUCAAUUCUUGAUGACUUUCUAUCAAAGUAUGAUGCGGAAGCUGCAUAUUUUGAUGAAGGUGUCAGAUCUGCAAAGCGGAAGCAACUGGAAGAAAAAUUGCUACAGCUUAUCCAACCGGCAUUCCAAUCCAUGCUUGGACACCUAAGGUCGGAAACUUUAGAAAAAUUUAAGGAAGUAUUUGACAAAGCUCUGAAUGGGGGGGAAGGGUUUUCUUCAGCAUCUCGUAACUGCACACAGUUUUGUAUGGCUCGAUUUGAUGAAGGAUGUGCAGAUGUUGUUAUUGAACAAGCGAAGUGGGACACAUCUAAAGUCAGGGAUAAACUUCAUCGCGAUAUAGAUGCACAUAUCACUUCUGUCCGUACUGCCAAGCUUGCUGAAAUUACUGCUCACUAUGAGGCAAAAUUGAAAGAGGCAUUAUCUGGACCUGUCGAAGCUCUUUUAGAUGGAGCUAGUAGUGACACCUGGCCAGCAAUAAGAAAACUUUUUAGGCGUGAGACUGAAGCUGCUGUCUCUGGGCUUUCUGGUGCACUUUCUGGUUUUGACAUGGAUGGACAAUCGAAGGAUAAAAUGCUUGGAAGUAUAGAAAACUAUGCAAGAGGGGUGGUUGAAGCAAAAGCGAGAGAAGAAGCUGGAAGGGUCUUGAUCCAUAUGAAGGACAGGUUUUCGACAUUGUUUAGUCAUGAUUCUGAUUCAAUGCCACGGGUUUGGACUGGGAAGGAAGACAUUCGUGCAAUCACCAAAACUGCUCGCUCUGCAUCCUUAAAAUUGCUGUCUGUUAUGGCUGUCAUCCGUUUGGAUGAUGAUGAUAACGAUAGUAUCGAGAACACUCUGUCUGUUGCUUUGGUGGAUUCUGCAAAUGCUACCCUUAAAGAUAGGAGUGCCACAACAUUUGAUCCACUGGCGUCAAGCACUUGGGAAGAGGUUUCACCCGCAAAAACAUUGAUUACACCUGUCCAGUGCAAAUCUUUGUGGAGGCAAUUCAAGGCAGAGACUGAAUAUAGUGUCUCUCAGGCCAUUGCUGCACAGGAAGCCAACAAGCGCAGUAACAACUGGUUGCCGCCACCAUGGGCAAUUGCUGCUUUGAUAGUCUUGGGAUUCAAUGAAUUUAUGACGCUUCUAAGAAAUCCUUUGUAUUUGGGAGUGAUAUUUGUUGCUUUUCUACUCAUGAAAGCCUUAUGGGUGCAACUGGAUAUUUCGGGUGAAUUCCGUAAUGGUGCGCUUCCUGGUCUUAUCUCCUUGUCUUCAAAGUUCCUUCCCACGGUAAUGAAUCUUCUUAAAAGAUUAGCAGAGGAGGGGCAAGUGCCUGCAGCUAAUGAUCCACAAAGAAACCCUGCACUAGCAUCAAAGAGCUUUAGGAAUGGAGUUAGCUCCAGCGGUGAUACGUCAUCCAGUGCUUCAUCUGAAGUAACUUCAUCUGAAUACUCCAGCAACUCAAAAGAAGACUAAGGGAACUAAUCCUUUUGAUUAAGGAGCAAUUUUCUUCGGCAUUCUACCUACUCCUUGGCAGGUUGUUGCAUCUGUAUGGUCCAUGAAGUUCAACUCUCACGAGCCUGUGAGAGCGAGAGGAAUAGGUUUUGAAGGCAUUGAUUUUUGUUGAUGUGCCGGAAGGGGGGGGCGGGUUUGCCGCAAGGAAGCCCCAUUAUUAGUUUUUACAUAAAAGUUAGGUGCUCUAUUAUGAUUUUUUAUUUGUUGGGUAAGCAACAGGUCUCUUCUGUCACAUGCUGAUGGUAGUUCAUUAUGCUGGUUUGUAUUCAAUUUUGUACUGAGUUGUAAUGUUGUGUGAUUGUAAUUUACCGAAAUUGGUUAAAUGAUGAUACUCUUAUGUAUUGUUCUCCUUCAUUCAGAAGCCAGCUGGAAACAAAUUUGGCAGUAUAAUUAUGCAAGAAAGAUCAGUUAUUGAUAAA